CACCUUCGAGGGUAGACUCUUAUUAUCGACUUAAGAUGUCGCGCGAGCCUGUGAGGCCAUGCAAACACUACAAAACUUCACAAAGUUAACAACGGUCUUAUCGCACUCGAUCAUUCUUCCAGCGCCACCGACGCGCCGCCGUGUCUUCCCAUAAAGACGAACCACAAGCCUUGCCCCUCUCAGCCCCACCAUAACCUACCCGACGACGUACGAUCACAGCCUGAGCGGUUGAAAGUCGCUCCUAACGAUAGCUCGGCCAGGCGGCAUACACGAGGGCCCUUGUUUUACUUAUCUUUUUGUAUCCAAUGACAACUACUCAGUCAUUAUUUCCGCAGAAGAUACUGGUUGGAGAAGAUGUGACAGAAGAAGUAGCAGCUGGAGAACGAAAACAGGUUUUGCAGAAGGCUGCUAGUUUGGUCAAGGAGGGAGUAGAUGCCAGCGAGCUCGAGUUCCAUGAUACGUCUGAGGAUGCUGUCGCCGUACUCAUAUACGUAACGACCGAUGCGAAGGGACAAGAAAUACAAACCGAAGGCAUAGUGCUGUUUGCAGACGAGAAUUCAGACGGGGUCAUCACCGGACAGGUGGUCUAUUCGUGAA